AUGGCGGGACCGUAUUCACGUGCAAUGGACGAUGCGAGGGGCUGCAGCAUCGGUGGUGCAUUGCGCUGCCAAACGGAGGGCUAUGAGCCGCAUCUCACGGCGGUAGAUGCAAUUCGUAUUCAGCGGGAGCUGAAGUACCACGACUGUGAGCCCAUCGCCGCUGAGCGAGACGGCCGAAUGUUCGCCGCGGAGUAUGCGUCGCCGUGGCAGCUGCUGCGACGAGUGGCGACAGCCGGUGACUCAACGAGUACGCGCCACCACCAGCAGAGGGGGCGACGGCGCACGAGGAGGCGUUCAUCUCUCUCGCUGCUGAGCUCGCCCUACUGCCGCGCAGAGCCGUACGCCACCACUAACAAAAACCGGGGAACAGCACGGUCCCUCGUCGUGAGGGAGGAGAAGGAGCUGCUGUUCCCAAGCAUUGCGGCGAGGCUGGAAAACGACAUCGCGCUUGGCCUCGCCGUGUCGCUGUGGAAAAGCGGCAACGUUGUGGGACAGUGCGACGAUCGCCUUGCCCAUCUCCUGGUGCUUUCCGCCACCAUUAUGCGGUGUGCACGAGCUGAGGUGCGCAACCACAACAGCGGCGAGGGACAUGUCCCGGUGGAGCUGCGCGAGGCGUUCAUGGGUGUUAUUGAGCACCUUGUCCGCUUGGAGCGCGUCGCGGUGAAGUCACUACUGCUGACGCCUCCCAAAACGCGGCGGCAGCAGGGGCAUGAGCAGGAGCAACAAAGCCCGGGAUCAUUGGCGGAGCUGCCCUGUGGGGAGGGUGACGCGAAGGUGCAGCCGGUGACGUUCGCCGUCGCCGUGGACGGAGCGGCGCGCGUCCUCAAAGGCUUGGUGGAGCCCUCCACACUUGCUGCGGCCGCAGUUACCCCCACAUGGCGCUAUUCUCUUGUCCGCACCGCCGCUGAUGUGCCGAACCGCUACGAGAUUCUUGACGCAAUGACGUGUGUGAUGCGGCCGGGCCCGCGCCUCAUAAUGCGCCGCACGUUCUGCGCCGUCGCGCGACAGUUGGCGCUAGAUGUUCUGCGCGCUGCGGGCGACGGCACGGUGGGGCUUCGCGGUGGUGCAGCCGCGCUGCGCAUCCUGCAGCAUAUCAACACGCGCCCGCUUGGCCUCA